AUGCUCCGUAGCCACCUGGCAGGCAUGGAGCUCCCACGGCGUCCCACCUGCUCGGUGCCAAGGCUGUUGCUGUUGUGGAGUUUGGUUCUGGCUUGCCCUGUUGAAGGAUCCCAGCGCAGUGAGCCCAUGUUCACAGCUAUCACUGACCGUGUCCUUCCUCCUGACUAUGACAGCAACCCAACCCAGCUCAAUUACGGAGUGGCUGUGACUGAUGUGGACCAGGAUGGAGACUUUGAAAUUGUCGUGGCUGGGUACAAUGGCCCCAACCUAGUGCUGAAGUACGACAAGGCACGGGGGCGGCUGGUGAAUCUUGCGGUGGAUGAGCAUAGCUCCCCAUACUAUGCGCUGCGGGAUCGCCAAGGCAAUGCAAUCGGUGUGGCAGCGUGUGACAUUGAUGGAGAUGGACGGGAGGAGAUCUACUUCCUCAACACCAAUAAUGCCUUUUCUGGUGUAGCCACCUACACAGACAAGCUAUUCAAGUUUCGCAACGGGCACUGGGAGGACAUCCUGAGCGACGAGGUGAAUCGGGGUGUGGCGAGCCGUUUUGCCGGGCGUUCAGUGGCAUGUGUGGAUAGAACGGGAUCUGGCCGCUACGCCAUCUAUAUAGCUAACUAUGCCAAUGGAAGAGUUGGUCCCCAUGCCCUCAUUGAGAUGGACACUGCUGCUAGUGACCCAGAGCUUGGCAUUGUGGCACUGAAUGACGUUGCAGCAGAAGCAGGAGUCAACAAGUUCACAGGGGGUCGGGGCGUGGCUGUGGGCCCCAUCCUCAGUGAAUCAGCCUCUGACAUCUUUUGUGACAAUGAGAAUGGCGCCAACUUCCUCUUCCAGAACCAGGGUGAUGGUACCUUCAUAGAUGUUGCACCUAGCACUGGCUUGGAUGACCCAUACCAGCAUGGUCGUGGUGUGGCAUUGGCCGACUUUAACCGCGAUGGCAGAGUUGACCUGAUCUAUGGCAAUUGGAAUGGACCACACCGGCUCUAUCUGCAGAUGAGUGCAGGUGGGCGUGUCCGCUUCCGGGACAUUGCCACGCCCAAACUGUCCAUGCCAUCACCUGUCCGCACCGUCAUCGCUGCUGACUUUGACAAUGACCAGGAGUUGGAGGUCUUCUUCAACAACAUCGCCUAUCGCGGCUCGUCCGCCAACCGCCUCUUCCGGAUCACCCGCCGAGAACACGCUGAUCCAGCCAUCGAAGAACUGAACCCUGGCGACGCAGUGGAGCUGGAAGGGCGUGGCACUGGGGGGGCAGUGGUGGAUUUUGAUGGCGACGGGAGGCUGGACCUGAUCCUGUCGCAUGGCGAGUCCAUGGCACAGCCCCUCUCAGUCUUCCGAGUCAACGAGGGUGCUGGCAACAAAUGGCUGCGGGUGAUUCCACGUACACGCUUUGGGGCAUUUGCUCGUGGUGCUAAGGUGGUGCUGUUCACGCGGCACAGUGGUGCCCAUCUGCGCAUCAUUGAUGGAGGGUCUGGGUACUUGUGCGAGAUGGAGCCUGUUGCCCAUUUUGGUCUGGGACAGGAUGAGCCCAGCAGCCUGGAGGUGAUCUGGCCAGAUGGACGGCUUAUCAGCCGGACUGUAGUGAGCAGUGAGAUCAAUUCUGUGCUGGAAAUCCCCUACCCCCAGGACGCUCCAGGGUCACCCCCUGUUAUACUUCCUCUUGAGUGCGGCCAAGGAUUCUCUCAGCAUGAGAAUGGGCGAUGUGUCGAUAUGGAUGAGUGUGCAGAAUUUCCCUUUGUCUGUCCAAGAGGCAGGCCCAUCUGCAUCAACACAUAUGGUGGGUACCGUUGCCGCAGCAACAAGCGCUGCAACCGGGGCUUCGAGCCCAACGAAGACGGCACAGCGUGUGUUGACAUAGACGAGUGUGCCAACGGACUGCACACCUGCAGCCACAUCUGCAUCAACACUCAGGGUGGGCACACCUGCCACUGCCACCCUGGCUUCAAGACUGAUGCUGGCAAUGCCAGCAAAUGCUUGGAUGUGGAUGAGUGCAGAGAGAUUCCGGCCCCCUGUGAUCACAUCUGCCACAAUGAACCUGGCUCUUUCCAUUGCCACUGCCAGAAGGGUUUCUCCCUGGGGCCAGACAGACGGCGAUGUCUGCGCGAUUGAUCAGUGGCAAGAACGUCUGCAAUGGGCACCACCUCACGCUCUGCCCAGAAUGCACAGCAGGGAACUACUGGCUCAUAUGUGGCAGGUCAGCAGAGCCCAGUUGUAUGGCUCAUAUCUUCAUUUCUGUCUCCGGCUCAAGAUUGCCCCUCUGUCUCCA